AUGACAGAACCCUCUUCCGCCCAGCCCGAGGCUUCUCCCUCUUGCUGCAACGUAACGGCGAAUGGUUCCGCCCAUCAUGAAGAUGAGGAGAAGCUGCCCGAGCGCAAAACCGAAGUCAAAUUCGCUGACCUCGAGCAGCCGUCCUGCUCCAACACGCCGAAGAAGUCUUCGAUUUUGAGAGGCUUCUUCUCCCGAAGCGGACGUUGGAAAGUUUUUGGGGACCGGAAAACGGAUCCUGGCGUAAUGCACACCACUGGGUUGAUCCUAGAAGAACGACCCAGUAAUUUGCCCCAAAAAAGUGAAGAAGAAUCGGCAAGACAUCGAUUACUGUACGAGCAGAUGUUGGAACAGGCAAAGAAGAAAGACGUGAAGCUCGAGAAAGAGAGACGAAAAGCCCAUGAAGACAAGAAGAAAGCGGAAGAAGCCUUGGCGAUAAUUUCGAGAACUUGGAAUGAAGAGAUUUUGCCGAAUUGGAACUCAUCAUUCGAUACCCGGAAGUGCCGAGAUCUUUGGUGGAAAGGACUACCUAGCAAAGUUCGAGGGAAAGUCUGGCAGCUGGCUAUCGGGAAUGCGUUGAAUGUUUCUGAAGAACUGUACAACAUUUGUUGUGAGAGAGCGGAACUCCGACUCAAUGGAAUUCAAGAAACCGGCGAAACCAAAGAAGCACGCUACAAUCGUGAAGCUUCUGUUGCCCAGAUCCAGCUCGACGUCAGCAGGACGUUUCCGGCUCUUGGAAUUUUUCAAGAAGGAGGGCCGUACCAGCAUCUGCUCACGAAAUUGUUAGGCGCCUACGCUUGCUACCGCCCCGACGUCGGCUACGUCCAGUCGAUGUCCUUCAUCGCCGCCAUCUUCCUCCUCCAGAUGGAGCCCUUCCCCGCCUUCGUCGCGUUCAGCAACUUGAUGAAUCAGCCUCUACAGCUCGCCUUCUUCCGCCUGAACAAAUCCCAAAUGACGGAGUACUUCGUGGCGUUCGACCUGUACUUCCACCAAGAACUCCCCGAACUUCACGCCCACUUUGACGCGAUGAACUUGAGGCCGGACAUCUACAUCAUUGACUGGGUCUACACCGCCUUCGCUAAGUCCCUAUCCCUCGAUGUGACGUGCCGAGUCUGGGACGUCUUCUUCAGGGAUGGAGAAGAGUUCCUCUUCAAGACAGCACUCGGGAUUCUGAAGAUGCACGAAGAUCUGCUGCUCGAUAUGGAAUUCGAUGUGGCUGUCGGGUUCCUAAGAAAACUACCGGCGGACAUCACCGGAAAUGAGCUGUUCCGGAAUAUUGAGGUCUUCAUGAAAACCGGAGGUGGUGCGGAGAAUGGCAAGGGGAAGAAGCGGUUCCAGCAGCUCCACCUCGAGGUCCACGAGCGUCUCACCUCCAUCAACGGCAACAAGAUCGACAAGUCCACGAUCCAAGAAAUCUCUGAGGGCCUGGAUGGAAUGAAGAUGAGCAAGAGCCUCUCCGUCUUCCUCGCCGAUCUCCUCGAGGGGCAA